AUGGAAGAUAACUUCGAAGGACUGAUUAGUACACUUCAAACAUCUCCAUCAUGCGAUGAGAUUCUUUGUGAAAUAAGACUUAUUUUAGAAAAACAAAACUCGUUAUUAUCAUCAGCGUUUAUCUCACAGUUCUAUCGAUCGCUACUCAUUCUCGAACAUUGGACAUGGCAAUUAUUCAGUCAGCCUACUUAUGAAUGGGUUCAAAAAUCGAAUUAUGUAGAAUUAUUACAUACAAUUGCAUUAUUUAAUAAGAAUUUAAGUUUUAAUUAUGAGGACGUCGAAGCUAAUAUCAAAGGUUCUCUGCUUCUUCCGAAAUCUACUGAUGACAUUAAUCUUAUAUUCGAAAACAUCGAAAAAAUAACCGACGACAAUGAUCUAUUCAUCGGUAUAGUUAGUCUUUGGUUUGAUAAUCUCGCAAAUAUUUUACAAGAUAAUCCAGAGUUUGAAAUUUGUCCUAUUAUCAUUGAUAUCAAUCUUUAUAUUACACGUCAUUAUAUCAUGACUGAUCAAUAUAAAUUCUAUUUAACCCAACUUCAUCAAUUACCCUUGUCACAAUCAAUAUUUACGGCUAAAAUGUUAUUCUAUAUAAAAACAUGUUCAUUUUAUUUAAGUUCAUAUUUAUUUGCAAACGCUCAACACUUUAUUUAUUCUCCUCAAGAACUCAUGCUUCAACUUGGCACUGAUUAUGCGUAUAUAAUUGUUAUACAUACCUAUAAUAUAGGAUCGUGA